AUGGCUGUUCGUCUCCUCAAUCCUGGCGCCGAGGUCUCCCGCCGCGGACUCGCGCUGCACACCACCAUCUCCGCAGCGAAGGGGCUACAAAGCGUCCUGCGUUCUAACUUGGGCCCGAACGGCACCAUCAAAAUGCUCGUCAGCGGCGCUGGUGACAUCAAGAUCACCAAGGACGGCAAGGUCCUUCUCGACGAGAUGCAGAUCCAAAACCCCACCAGCGCGAUGAUCGCGCGUGCCGCCACCGCCCAGGACGAGAUUUGCGGCGAUGGCACUACCUCCACCGUUUUGCUUAUCGGCGAGCUGCUCAAGAAAGCGGAGCAGCUUCUGAUUGAGGGGCUGCAUCCCCGCGUCAUCGUCGACGGCUUUGAUCUUGCGAAAACAGAAAUCCUCAGAUGGAUGGAAGACCAGAAGAUCGCUACCAAGAAUGACCGUGAGGUGUUGGUUUCCGUUGCUCGCUGCUCAUUAUUGACCAAGCUGUCUGAGAAAGUGGCGCUCAACAUGGCCGAGAUGCUCACUGAUGCCGUGCUGUGCAUUGCGCGUCCGAGCCAGCCCAUUGAUCUUCACAUGGUCGAAAUUAUGUCGUUGAUGAGUUUGUCAUCUGGUCCGUCUAGGCUUGUGAAAGGGAUCACACUGGAUCAUGGAUGUCGACAUCCUGACAUGCCGAAACGCGUCAAGAAUGCGUACAUUCUCACCUGCAACAUCAGUAUGGAGCACGAGAAGUCCGAGGUCACCUCAGGCUUUUACUACUCGUCAGCGGAUCAACGUGAGAAAAUGGUGGAUGCGGAGCGCGCGGUAGUGGACGGUCGAGUGCGAAAGCUGAUUGCUUUAAAGAAGCAAGUAUGUGAUGGCACGGAUAAGAACUUUGUCAUCAUCAACCAGAAGGGCAUCGACCCGCAAUCGCUGGACCUGCUGGCCAAGGAGGGCAUCAUGGCACUGCGACGGGCGAAGCGCAGGAACAUGGAGCGUGUCACUCUCGCUUGCGGUGGACUCCCCGUCAACUCGGAAGAGGGAUUGACACCGGACGUGCUCGGCUUUGCUGGUAUCGUCUAUGAGGAGGUGCAUGAGGACGAGAAGUAUACGUUUGUGGAGAACGUCAAGGAUCCGUUCAGUUGCACGGUUCUCCUGCGAGGGCCGAACAAGCAUACAAUCACGCAGAUGAAGGACGCCGUGAGAGAUGGACUGCGGGCGGUCAAAAACACAAUCGAGGACGGCUGCGUGCUGCCAGGUGCUGGCGGGUUUGAGAUUGCAGCGUACCGGCACCUUAGGCAGUAUGCUGAGUCAUCUGUGACCGGGAAGACCAAGCUGGGCGUUGUGGCGUUCGCUGAGGCCCUGCAAGUGGUGCCCAAGACGCUCGCGGAGACGAGCGGUCACGACGCGCUGGACUCGAUCAUCAAAUUGGAAGAGGGGUGCGCAAAGGGAGACGUGGUUGGACUGGACCUCGCCACGGGUGAGCCGCUUGAUCCUAAGGCCAGCGGUAUCUAUGAUAAUUAUAUAGUGAAGCGACAGAUGGUCGCACUCGCUGGUGUUAUUAGUACGCAGCUGCUACUCGUUGAUGAAAUUCUCAGGGCUGGAAGAGACGCGUCGCGUUGAGUAGUAGCCGUAAGAUAGGCGGACUGAUUUUGUGUUUGUAAAGGCGGGAGUCGCCUCAACUCGCGGCCUGAGUAAAACGUGCGUUGGCUUGCA